AUGAUUUCUGGAGACGAACAGCUUCGAGACGUAUCGUCAGUAGCAUUAAAAACUGUGGUGUCAGAAUUGUCUCCAUCGGAUAAUAUGUCGGCCAGUGUAAUCAAACGCAUCAUCCCGAAACUCACAAGUGCACUUCGUGAUGUUGCACCUACUGAAGCCUCCGUACGAUUGGAAAUUUUAGAUAUAAUUGCAGAUGUUUUACUUCGUUAUGGCUUUGCGCUUACUACUUAUUUAGUUCCUCUUCAAGAAGUUAUUUUGGCACAGCUAUUCUCAGACCGACAAGCACUUCGUAAACGCUCUUUGGUAGCUCUUGGGAACCUUAUGAUAGCGGCCCCAAAGACAUUAUACGCCUCGACAUUAGAUUCUUUGAUUGGGCACCUCUCUGCUGAAAAGGUUCCUUUGUCUCGUGUGCGGACUAUAGUGCAAACAACUCAAUAUGUAUGCAGAUGCACAGGAAAUCGUUUCGCGCCGUAUUUACAUGGUCUUGUUCCAAUCAUAUUACGUAAUGCUUUGGAAACGAAUGAUGACGAGCUAUGCGAGUCUUGUAUUCAGGCGUUUGAUUCGUUCUUAUUCCGUUGCCCGAAAGACAUCACGCCAUUUGUUCCAAAAAUUGUUGAGGCCGUAUCGGUAUUUCUUAAACACGACCCAAAUUACACUUAUGACGAUGAUGACGACGAUGAAAACCUUGACGACCAAAGGAAUAUGGAUACUGACGUGGGUUUUAUCAUUAAACUUUGUUUUUGCAUAGAAGCUGAGUCCGAUCAGGAUGAGGACAUAGAAGAGUAUUCUGAUGACGACGACAUGAGCUGGAAGGUUCGAAGGGCAGCAGCAAAAUGCAUAGAAGCUUUGAUCAUUUCUCGUCGAGAGCAGAUUGUGGAGUUUUCUGACACCCUUGGUUCUCUUUUGAUGAGCCGAUUCAAAGAACGUGAGGAUAACGUAAAAUGGGACAUAUUUCACGCUUACACACAGUUGCUCUGCCAAAUUAAAAAUCUUUUUCCAAACCUUUCGUCAGUUUGUUUGGUUAGACUUGUCGUUUCGUCUACUUCAACCGAGGAAGAUAAAGAAAAUUCGUUAAGUCAUUAUAGCGAAGGAGAUAUUGCAAGAGUUAAUGGUGCGGUUAUUUUGAAGAGUGCAGUUACUGAUGAACAACUUGCAAUACUCAAGAUUCUUGAUGCUCAAGUACCAACUCUGGUUAGAAUACUCAAUAAGCAGUUGAAGACCAAAGUGGUGAAAACUAAGCAGUGCUGUUUUAUUCUCCUUACUCAGCUUUUGCGGGCGUAUCCAGGAUCGCUGUCAGGUCAUCUCCAUCUUCUCGUUCCUGGGGUACAAGCAGCUAUGACCGAUAAAACGUCCAAUACGAAUUUAAAAAUUGACACUUUAACAUUUUUAUCUAUCGCACUGUGCACUCAUUCUCCUGAGGCAAGCUUCGCAGAUUUCAAAAUAUUUUUUUGCUUUCCUUUUUCUAAACUGCAUCCAUAUAUGAAUGUUCUGGUUCCUCUGAUAGUCCAAGCUGUGAAGGAUUCAUUUUAUAAAGUUUCUGCUGAGGCACUUGAUGUGACUCUGUCAUUGAUUAAAGUUUUACGGCCAUCUCAGCCUUCAGCAACCUUUUUCGACUUCUCAACUUUCGUAGGAAGUAUAUAUUCAGCUGUAUCAGAAAAGUUGAAGGCGACUGAUAUUGAUCAGGAAGUCAAGGAAAAGGCCAUUACCUCAACAGGAUUACUUAUCGCCACGUUUGGGGACUACCUACACGAUGAAUUACGUCUAUGUUUGCCGAUAUUGUUAGAUCGACUUCGAAAUGAAAUGACACGUCUAGUCACCGUUAAGUCACUGAACACAGUUGUGAAUAGUCCAUUAAAAAUCAAUUUAAGUGCAAUCUUGCCAGAUUCUCUACUACUUUUGGCAGAAUUUCUCAGGAAAAAUCAACGGGCAUUGAAAAUUGCAACGUUAAAUUUACUGGACAGUUUGGUCAACAGAUAUACUCACAGUGGAUUGGAUGGUAACGAGCUGAAGAAGGUGCUAACAGAGACGCCAGCUUUGAUUUCCGAACUGGACCUUCAGAUUAGCCAGCUGGUGCUAAAUUUCUUGAAAGAUGUCAUAAAAGUUUUUUCUCUCACUAUCAGCGAUUCUCUGUCAUCUAUCCUCAAUGCCUUUGUUGCAUUAACGCAGAGUUCCUUACUGCAAGGCUCAACCUUAAAUGCUGCAUUACAGUUUCUUGAUACUCUUGUCAAAACUCCUCUCCCUGAUAAGCCUGAUUUUGAAACUUUACUAACUCAGCUUACGCGACCAGUCUACGAGCGUUCAGAUUUACAUAGGCAAGCUUAUCAUUCGAUUUCUGCUUGCACUGCAGUGGUCGCUUCUUCAGCGGAUCUUAAUAAAGCAAAAACUUUAGCCAACCAGCUGGCGGAUCAGUUAAAAUCACCUAAAACAUCAAACGACAUUCGUCUUUUCUCACUUUUAGUUCUUGGAGAGCUUGGUAGGAAAAGACCAGAACUUUACGAGAACAACGAUUCAGUCAAGCCUGAAGAGCUUCUGAUUGAAGCUUUCAAUUCAUCUUCUGAGGAAUUAAAAACGGCAGCGUCUUACUCAUUGGGACGUCUAGCAGUCGGAAAUCUUGAAAAGUUUUUACCCUUCCUACUGAAACAAAUCAGCGCUCAGCCUAAACGCCAAUAUCUUCUUCUUCAUGCGUUAAAAGAGGUUAUUGGGUCGGGAAGUGUUGACAGUCGCGAUAUUGAAUUCUUCAGACCCCGUAUUGAACAGAUUUGUCCUGUUUUGAUGGAACAUGCAAUGUGUGCUGAGGAAGGUACAAGGAAUGUUGUUUCUGAAUGCUUAGGAAAACUUUGCUUAGUACAUCCCGAAUAUCUACUGCCGCGGCUAAAGGAUUGUGUGAAGUCUAAAUCACCCCUCCUGCGUGCAACAGCUGUCACUGCUGUGAAAUUUUUAAUAGUUGAACAAUGGACGGCCGUUGACGAAUUGCUACACGCUUGUAUGGGUGAAUUUCUUCAGACUGUUAAAGAUCCAGAUCAUAACGUCCGGCGUGUUGCAUUGGUCACUUUCAAUUCUGCAGCUCAUAAUAAGCCUAAUUUGAUACGUGAUUUGCUUGACGAGCUACUACCUUCUUUGUAUGCGGAAACUGUUGUUAAAAAGGAAUUGGUAAGAGAAGUUGAGAUGGGUCCUUUCAAACACACGGUAGAUGAUGGACUCGAUCUUCGCAAAGCUGCAUUUGAAUGCAUGUACACUCUCUUGGAAACGUGUUUGGAGAGGCUUUCAAUUCCUGAGUUUAUGACUCACCUUGAAGCUGGGCUCUCGGAUCAUCAUGAUAUAAAACUGUUAACUUACUUAAUGUUAGCUCGGCUUUCUGUUUUAUGCCCCACACAAGUGUUGCAGCGACUGGACAAGAUCUGUGAGCCUCUAAAGGCUCAGAUGUACGCAAAAGUAAAAGCAAAUGCCGUCAAACAAGAAAGUGACAAACAAGACGAAUUGAGGAGGGCUGCUUUACGCCUGAUUAUUGCUUUGCAGCGCAUACCAGAAGCCGAUCGCCAGGGACAUCUUGCAGAAUUGCUAAAUGCUGUGCGUAAUAACUCAGAAUUGAAUGCUUUAUAUCAAGCGGUAGAAAAAGAUAUUGCUCAUCGUUCCUUCUCAACGGACACAGCUAUGGAGACGGACUGA